AAUUAAUUCGACAUUAUCGACCGUUCUCGGGUCAUCAGGUUUUAAUCCAUUCGCCGGCAGGAGGUGCCUCGCGUCGGAGGCCACAUCGCGGCCGCCGACCACGCAGAAUCGUGCAGGAUCGGAAGAUCAUGGUGUCCAGCGACGUGUCGAUCAGCGCUUCGAGCCGCAUCAUUUAUGAGGAUGUAAAUAAAGUGCCGCUUAGCUGACCAGCUCGCCGAGCGUGAGAACCACGUCGCCGCGAGACUUGCAAUAUGCGCGUAGCCGAAUGCGCGACGACAGCCGGCCCGACGAGCAAACACCAAAGAUGAACGUUCCAUUGUAUGGCGUUCUCGGAGCUGCCGCUACUCUGCUUGCUUACAUCCUCGGUAUAGGAACAAUUGUAAAGCUUCUCAUCUGCUUGCUUGCAUUAAUUCUAGGAACAUUGAUUUGUAUAUAUAGAACGUAUUCACCGAAUCUCGACAAUGUGAUUAAGUCUGAAAGGGAAGACUUAACUAAGAAGACUGAAAAGUUCCGGCAGUAUAUACUGGAUCUAUCUAAGGAGAAGAUGACAUUUACAUUAGAUAGAAGAAUAACUGGUAGUCGUAUCAUUGAUGAGUCCCUGCAAGAAAUCUUGGAUUUCUUGAUUAGAGAUUAUGUGGAACCAUGGUACAGCGUUGUUACGGAUGAUGAGGAAUUUAUCUAUUCCGUUCGAGAUACUGCCCAAAAAAUUGCCAUCAAUGUAGCAAAUCGGGUCAAGAGCGUCGAUUGGAUAUCCUAUUUAACUACGCGGCUCGUCGACGAUGCAGCUUCGCACGUCAGGCUGUAUCGACAAGCAAGCGCAAGGAUGAAGCAAUUGCGAUCGAAUAGGGUCCAGAAAGGUAGCGCUAGCUCGAGCACAUCAGGCGGGACUCCAAAAAAGACGCCCACUCAUCGGCGGAAUAAGAGUGAGACUGACGUAUCUUGGUAUUCGCAGUCAAAAUUUUAUAUACCUAAUCUGUCAUCACUUACCGAGCCAAUCGAGUCAUCUGGUGAUGAUAAGGAAGACGAAUCGCUAGAAAAAAUAUUCUUCGAUCUCGAAGUGCAAAUGGAGAGCAAUCUAAUAUGUAGGGAUCUUGUAUGCACGAACGACACCCAGGAAUUGGAGUUUCUGGGCGAGAUAUCCGAAAUCCUUUUGUACCUGGUAUUACCCAAGGCGGACUUCGAUUGUUUGACUGUGAGAUUUAUCUUAAGAGAAUUAUUAGUGAACGUUAUAAUCAGACCAUUGUUGGAUUUGUUUUCUGAUCCUGAUUACAUUAAUCAGGCGUGUAUAUGGCUGUGUACUAAGGAUGGUGGUUUACCAAGUGAUAUCUUUUUAACAGUAAUUAGAAUAACAGACAACUUAGAAGAAUUAAUAGCGACGAAGAACAUAGUUUGUAAAGAAAUAGCUCACUUGCGCUCAAAGGAUUCGGGCGGAGAUGAUGAUCUGUCGGUGAAACAGCAGUUGAACAGUCUGCUUUACGUGAAGAAAAUUCUGGAAACGAGGAUCAUUGGUAUGCAGGAAGGCUUGGAAACAGAAACUGAUGGUAUCGGCGCUCAACCAGAAUGGAAUAGGUUACUCAUACCGGGUCAGAAGUUAGUUAAUUUGCCGUUAGACGAAUUGCUGAAAAAUAAUAUUGCUCUUAGUUACUUUAUCGAUUAUAUGACCUCCAUAAAUGCAGAAGCGUACCUGUUUUUUUAUCUAAAUAUCUAUGGCUGGAGGGUCUCAGCCGAGCAACAAAUAUCGGACAUUGAAUUACAAAAAAUCCAAAGUGCUCAGUCCGGCGCGGCGAUCGGCGCUAAACGCAAAAAUUCGGAUCUAAAUAAUUUAAAGGAGGCAGCCACGAAGAUCUACCAGCAAUACCUUAGUGAUAAAGCGUCACCUAAGCUGCAGCUAGAUGAUGUGUUGGUGAAAAAUUUGCUUACAAGAACAAAGACGGAGCCAGUUAGGGAAACAUGGUUCGAUGAGUUACGAAAUUGUUGUUAUGAAAAAUUACAAAAUGAGGACAGAUUCCUACCAGGCUUCAAGAGAUCAUUAGCUUAUGUAAAAUUGCUUGCGGAACUGGAUUUGUUGAAGGAUCCAGUGUCAGAAGAUGACACCAAAUCCUUGGACAGUAUAAGUUUGUCAAGCACGAACAACGAAUUGGACACUUUGGAGGAAUUGUCCGAGACGUACAAAGCUGAUGACAUAAAAUCUGCAACCAUAAAGGAGGGCGCUAAGAAAUCAAAUUCUUCGGCGAGUUUAACAAGCAUAGGAGAGACAAACGAAGGUAGAGAGUACGACGAAGUAGAUACGGAUAUAAAUAAUCUUAAAAGUGUGAAAAAUAUAUGUAAGGGAUCCAUCGCAGAGGUUGAACAAAUCGGCGAAAAAAAAGAUGUUUCGUUUUAUAUGGAAACCAACGCGGAACAAUUUGUCAAGCUGGAUGAAAAUAAUUAUGAUCAGAACGCAAUUAAAAAGCUGCAGCAGGGCCGUUUCGAGAUCACUGCCACAAUUAUAGAAACCGGUAUCGUCAGCGAUCGCGGGAAAACGUAUGGCAUAUACGCAGUAGCAGUCACGAAAAAUUACGAUUCGGGUUAUAAGGAGAAAUGGCAUAUUUACAGACGGUAUUCCGAUUUUUACGAUUUGCACCAGAAGAUCAAAGAAAAAUAUUACGAUCUAGCAAAAAUACCUUUCCCCGCGAAAAAAGCCUUUCAUAAUAUGGAGCGCACGGUAUUAGAAAGACGAAUGUUGAUGUUGAACGCAUGGUUGUGCCAACUGACAAAACCCGCGAUCAUGGAUGGUCACAUGGGAUUGCAAAAUCUGUUACUAGCCUUCUUGGAGCAGGGAGAUUAUGAUAAAGGAGUCACAGGCGGACAGAUUUCGAGAACGAUAGACACUUUAAUGAAUCCCUUAAAAACGUCCAUGAAAAGCGUUACACAGGCGGUCAAAACGAUGCCUGAUAAUAUGUUGAGUACCGUCGACGGCGUAAUGGACAAUCUCAGCAAAAUUUUCGGCAAUCCUAAAAAGACAAGUAUAUUUUACGAGAAUACCAAAGUUAGCGCCGGUCUGGAUACAGAGACCGAUGACAAUAUCCCAUUGCGAAUUAUGCUGCUAUUAAUGGACGAGAUCUUUGAUCUGAAAGUGCGAAAUCAAUGGUUGAGGCGACGGAUUAUAACACUACUGCGCCAAAUCAUUCGCACAAUGUUUGGGGACAUAGUGAACAGAAGGAUAGUAGAGUAUGUGUCGUUCAUGACCAGCCCAUCAAAAGUUGCGGGAUAUUUGCGCUUAUUCAAGAAUAGCUUCUGGCCGAAUGGCGUAAAGGCCGAGAGCAAACCACCGCGAGACAUGGAAAUGAAGAACAGAACACGAGUGGCAGCUAAGAUUGCUUUACUUUCGUGUCUCUCGGAUGAACUGAAACAUAUCAUAGGCAGCGAGACGACGAGGCGUGGUUUGCUAAGGGUAUUCGAACUGUUUCAGCGGCCCGUAUUAAAUAGAAGAUUGUUGUAUGUGUUGUUGGAAGGUAUCGUGGAGACUCUGUUCCCACAAAACAAUCUAGUGGCAAUUUUCAGGAAACUCUAUUCAGUAUCGCCAAGGGUGAGAAGUAAAAAUAAAACGAAAUCCUGAUGGAAGAAUAGGACGGACUGAUGUCCGAAUAUAAUGGUGUGAGGACGAUCACAUAGUUGAUAUGAUUAACAGACUUCAUUAUCGAUCUUUAGGAAAAUAUGUCAUUUCUCUUUGGAUAGCUUAGAGAUUUAUGAUAUUAAAAAAAACUUGUGUGCAAAGUGUCCAACAUAAAAGAAACAUAUUUCAGAUAUCUGUAUCUUUAAUCUUUUCUAAUCAAUUGAGCUCUGAUUUUAUUUUUUCAUUUAUUUUAUCUUUGCAGUAAAACAUUUAAAAAUUGAUAAAGUAUUUGUAAUUAAAUCCUUGACUGUUGUAGAAAAAGAAUAUUCUCUUCUUUUCUCUUUUUUUUAUUUUAAAAAUAGCAAUUAUGUAUAUGUAUUUGUUAAUUGUAACGUGUACUUAAUAUAAGCGUGAAAUGUAAUCUACUGUCUCACAAUAUUCAAUGAUUGCAGUAUUCACGUUUUUUAUAAUUUUUUAUUGUACUGUUUCUUGAGAGGUUUUGAAUGCAGAGUUCAAUAGGCUAAGAAGUCAUUACGCUUACUAAGAUAUUAUUGGAUAUCGUUUAGCCUUUUCAAACAGUCCUCUAAACUGCUAAAUGCAUAUAUACACCAUUGCAUCGGGCACCCGUCGCGCCUAUAGCUUUCGACAGGGAACAAAACGAAA